AAUUCAAAAGACUUGCACAAUUAAAAAUUUGGGGUUAUUGAAUGAAAGACAUGUUCUUCAAUUCUUGCUUUUUGGGCUGCUCUGUCUCUGUCUCUGUCUCGAAACACCCAUUAGAGAUCAUCAUCUCUCUUCUUAUCUGUCUUUUUUACUCUUAGCUGGUGGUUUCUUCUUCUUCUUUAACCCUUUUUUGCUCUAAUUUGCAAUAUCUUCUUUUUCCCAAAUCUUAAUUUUCCAAAAAACACUCUUUUCCAUAAUUCUUCAAAUUCCAAGUUCUCUGAUUACCAAUCUAAACUCGAAUUUGACCAAACCUUGAAAUCUCAUUUCAAUCGGAUUUUAAGUUACAAAAAUCUCAUCUUUAUCUCAAUUUUUCAGAUUUUUCUCUAAUUUCAAAAAAAAAAACAAAUCUCACCUUUGGAUUCAAAAGUUUCAAUUUUUCCUCCUUCAAAAACCCAAUUUCAUAAAAAUCUCACCUUUGGAAUUGGAUCAAAGAAAAAAAAAAAUGUCAGUAGCUUGUGGACUAGAAUGCGUAUUCUGCGUAGGAUUCAGUCGGUGGAUAUGGAAACGAUGCACACACGUAGGCUCCGACGACAGUGCCACAUGGACAUCAGCAACACCCGAAGAGUUCGAACCAAUCCCAAGAAUCAGCCGCGUGAUCCUCGCCGUCUACGAACCCGAUCUCAGAAACCCAAAAAUCUCACCUUCACUUGGAUCCUUCGAUCUAAACCCUGACUGGGUCAUCAAACGUGUGACCCACGAAAAAACCCAAGGCAGAUCUCCACCUUACAUCAUCUACGUCGACCACAACCACCGUGAGAUCGUACUAGCGAUCCGUGGCUUGAACUUAGCUAAAGAGAGCGAUUACAAGAUUCUUUUGGAUAACAAGUUGGGUCAGAAGAUGCUCGGUGGUGGGUUUGUGCAUCGUGGGCUUUUGAAAUCUGCGGCUUGGGUUCUGAAUCAAGAGUCUGAGACGCUUAGGAGAGUUUGGGAAGAGAAUGGUAAAGAGUACGAUUUGGUUUUCGCUGGUCACUCUUUGGGGUCUGGUGUUGCGGCUUUGAUGGCGGUUUUGGUUGUGAAUACUCCGGCGAUGAUCGGUUGUGUUCCGAGGAGUAAGAUUCGGUGUUUUGCUUUGGCUCCGGCGAGGUGUAUGUCUCUUAAUCUCGCCGUUAAGUAUGCUGACGUCAUCUUCUCCGUUAUUUUACAGGAUGAUUUUUUACCAAGAACGGCAACACCAUUAGAGGAUAUAUUCAAGUCCGUAUUCUGUUUGCCUUGCUUGUUGUUUCUAGUUUGUUUGAGGGAUACGUUUAUACCAGAAGGUCGGAAACUAAGAGAUCCUAGAAGACUUUAUGCUCCUGGUCGAAUUUAUCAUAUCGUUGAGCGAAAAUUUUGCAGAUGUGGAAGGUUUCCUCCUGAAGUGAGAACAGCGAUUCCAGUGGAUGGUAGAUUUGAACAUAUUGUAUUAUCGUCGAAUGCAACGUCUGAUCAUGCUAUUCUAUGGAUUGAAAGAGAAGCAGAAAAGGCAUUGCAGAUAUUGAGAGAGAAGAGUUCAGAGACAGUGGUAACAGUGCCACCAAAAGAGAAGAGAAUGGAGAGGCUAAACACUUUAGAGAAAGAGCACAAAGAUGCGUUGGAGAGAGCGGUGAGUCUAAAUAUCCCACACGCAGUGUCCACCGCGGAAGAAGAAGAAGAAUGCAGUAAUGGAGAAGCGUCGGCGGAGUCAAAAACAAAGAAGAAGAAUUGGGAUGAAGUGGUGGAGAAGCUUUUCCAUCGAAGCAAUUCUGGAGAAUUCGUAUUCAACGACAAUGUUGCUCCUGAGAGGUAGUCUUAUACCGGGUUGAUAGUGAUUGGAUCAAGUUUGGUUUUGUAUAUUCAAUUCUAGGUUUUAUAGAUGUGUGAGAGUGUCUAUAAUCCGGUUACAUUUGUCCGAGACAAGAAAAUUUUGUCCCAAUUGCUCAAAAUCUGGUGUCAUUUUUCCAAAUUA